CGCGAUUAUUUUCAUUGUGAAACAUUGUGCAAGUAGUGCGUCUCGAAAAAGAUACUGCAAAUAUGAUGAUCCGAGCUGCGUCCAGGGUCGCCACCGUGCUCCAGCGCGACGUUCGUCCGGUGUCUGCUAUUAGUUGUGUGCACCUCGAUGGCUUCCCGAACAGAUCAACAGAUCCAGGGGUAGAACAGAUUACCCGGUAUGCUUCCCCCGCACCAGUGCAUCGAAUACAGAUGCGAUGCAUAAGCACCGGCCGCCAUUUGUUCUCGGUGUCAAAUGUGCAGGACGUAGAGGCAAAAGAAGGCUUUCUGAAACGAUUUAUCACCAAAAUGGGCUGGAUUGAUAAUUCUGCCACCCGGUUGCGGGUUUCCAGCUGCCUCCUCUACGAGUCCGUGGUCGACCACAUAAAUUACAACGAAUUUUUCGAACUUUACGAUAUGCCCGACACGUUCAACACUUGGUUCCUGAUCACGGAGCUGCACGUGUGGAUGCUGCUCGUACGUGCAAUGGCCGAGGGAGCGGAGAAGGGCGCAGCCGGACGAUUUAUGCGCAACUGCAUUGUCGAAACGAUGUGGAAUGAUGUAACUACCCGCGCCAAGCAGCUCACCAUGGACAAUCCGUCCGCAGUGCGCCCACAGAUACAGCAGCUAUCGGAGCAGUUUCAAGCGGCUCUCAUAUCGUACGACGAGGGCAUCAGCUACGACGACAAGGCUCUAGCGGCAGCCCUAUGGCGACGAUUUCUGGGAGGUCGAUGUGAUGAUUACGAAAAACUAGAGCUCCUUGUCGAGUAUGUUCGCAAACAGACAGCGACGUUGGACCAGCUGAGUCGGUAUGAUUUUGCCAUCAAGCCAAAUCUUAAAUGGGCUCCGUUGGUAGAUAGGAAACAGCAGGCUGUGGUGUGACGAGCCACCACAUACACACACAAACGACAACACAUCGUACUGCCGACGCCGUUCCAUCGAAUGCAAGAAGUGGUGAGUAAUGUACCUUUGGCUACCGGGUGAUGGAAAUCGGGAAAUGGUACUAUCUUUCCACUCCAACAUAGGGCAUAGUUGUGAUUUUAGAUGAAACAGCCCCCAAUAAGAUUGUUGUUUCUUUGUAUAAUGUAAAGCUUUGCACAUAUAGACUCUACUCGUAAGUUCGUAAAUUAUACGGUUCACAGGAAUAAAUGGAUCCUGUAAGAUAUGUAGAGCGAGA